UGCACUUUUCCAUCAUAUCGACCAGCAUCGCCAUGGCGACACCCACUCUUGUACGAAUCCCAAUGCCUCUGCGCUCUAGAGCAGCGGCAGCAGCGGCGCUCUCCAUCCACCCCGCAGCCAGCCGCCCGUUUACCUCCUCGUCAUCCUCGGCUUCUUCCUCUUCCUCCAACAACAACAAUCUCCCCGUAGCAAACCCCACCUCCCUCCUAUCCCGCACAGCCAACACUCUUCUCCCACCUCUACCCCUAUAUCGCCGUCUACUGCGAGCUCACCGGCAUCUACUCUCCUACGAGAUGCGCUCCCUCGGCGAUACGUACGUCAAGGACGAGUUCAAGCGGCACAAGGCAGUCACAAACCCCCUGCAGAUCGUGGGAUUCCUAGGUCAGUGGAAGGUCUAUCUGGACCAGCUCGAGGCGGGAGGGGUGAAGGCCAAAGGUGGAGAGGAGAGGGCGAAGUUCGAGGGGAGGAGAUUAAAAGAGGAGGAGUUCAGUAAGCUAUCGGAAGAGCAGCUCUACCAGCUACACGAGUUCAUGACUGCCACACAGGAGCUGUACAACCCCUCGGCUCCGGGCCCGCCAGGAGCGCCCACACCUCAAGAUGCCGGCGGGGCAGCCACCACCUCUACCUCGCCGCUAUCGCCUGGGGAUCCAAACGCAGAGGGGACCGUAGGUGGCGGCGCUUCGAGUGGUGGGGACAGCAUGGAAGGGAGAAAGGUCAUUCAGGACAUCCUCGACUCGUCGGCCCCGAAAGAGGAGGGAGGCAAAGGGCGCUGAGCGAUGUACGCCGAUCACGUUGAGCAGCAUGAGCUCGCUGGUGUUCUCUAUUGCAGAUGAUUGUAAUUGGUAAUAUCAGACACUGUCUGGCUUUUGCCCGUCCAUCGAGAU